AUGACUUCUCUGCGAUGGAACGAUGAAUCCGUAAACGACAGGCCCAUUUGGACCCACAUCGUUCACCUGAUCGUUCCGAAAGCCAUCAGCAAUCCCGACUCCUUCUUCCUUCAGUCUUCCAACUUCGGCAAUUUCAUCCAACCAGCCCGAAAACGCCGAUCUCUCGAGGAAGAGUAUGCAAAAGAUCUUCCGCGAACAAAAACCUUCGCAAUCAAAACUGGCGUCGUCUGCGGCCUGCUCAAUCAAAAUCCAAACUAUCCAAUUCGAUUUACCGCCGAUUCGCCAAGUGAUCCAUUCAUCUACGGAGUUGAGGGACAGUACUUUGGCAAACACUCGGACGGAGUUCUAGCGCAGGCCUGGAAGAACUUCAUCACUAGCGUGAUGGGAGGAGCCCCAGACUUCAAUCAACUCGGCCAACCAGUUAUGGCAAAAGCGACUAUUCGCGCGCUAGAUUUGAUGGCAGAAGAAACGUUCCAAAAACAGGAAAUUAUCCCUUCAAAGCUGGCUUGA